AUGCCGCUCCCUGACCUGAGGCCCUGGAUCUGCCUGCUGCUGCUGGACUCGGCCUUACUCUGGCUGCUUCAGGGGAUUUUGGGGGCUCUGCUUCCCAGAGGGCUUCCAGGACUAUGGCUGGAAGGAGCAGUGAGACUUGGAGUUCUGUGGGGGCUGUUUAAACCGGGAGGGCUGCUGGAAUUUGCCGGGACACUGCUGCCUCUGCUCUGUCUGGCGAUGCCCCUGUUUUUCUCACUAAAGGCCCUGGUCCCAGAGGCCUUAAGUACACCCUUGGUCAGAGUGACUUCAGCCCCUUGGAGCUGGCAGCUGGCCUGCUAUGGGGCUGUGGCACUAAGCUGGGCCUUGUGGGCCGUACUCAGCCCUCCAGGAGCCUCCACCUCUGCCCAGGAGACUAAGCAGGGCCAGGAGAACAAAGCCUUGAUGUGGAGGCUGCUGAAGCUUUCCAGACCAGACCUGCCCUUCCUCAUUGCUGCCUUCUUCUUCCUUGUUAUGGCUGUCUGGUGUGAAACAUUCCUUCCUUACUAUUUUGGCCGUAUCACUGACAUCCUGGGAAGUGACUUUGAUCCUGAAGCCUUUGCCAGUGCCAUCUUUUUCAUGUGUCUAUUCUCCUUUGGGAGUGGCUUUGUUCAUGAAUGUAAUCAUGCUGGAUUCCUCUGUGAUUCAAGGCAAAGACCCUCCAGUGAUGUGGGAAUGUUUGUGGCAUUAACUGAGUUGGGGAGGCCCGAUGCUGAGCACUGGAACAACCGGACAGAUAUAUUGGAGAGGAGCAGAGCUUCUGUGGACACAGUCUGCAGACAUAACUACAGACUCGGUGCACCCUUCACAGUGGGGAGAAAAGUGCAACCAGAAGUGAUGGUGUAUCCAGAGAGGACCCCAUCCCUACAGCACCCCAAUUUGCUCCUUUGCUCUGUGACAGAUUUCUAUCCAGGGGACAUUAAGGUCAGGUGGUUUCGGAAUGGGCAGGAGGAGAAAGCUGGGAUCCUGUCAACUGGCCUUAUCAGAAAUGGAGAUUGGACUUUUCAGACUAUGGUGAUGCUGGAAAUGACUCCUGAACUUGGAGAUGUCUAUACCUGCCUUGUUGACCACUCCAGCCUGCUGAGCCCUGUUUCUGUGGAGUGGAAAGCUCAGUCUGAAUAUUCUUGGAGGAAGACACUAAGUGGAGUUGGAGCCUUCCUGUUUGGUAUAAUCUUCCUUCUGGUGGGGAUCGUCACCCACCACAGGACUCAGAAAGGAAACAUGGGAACUCAGUUGUCUGAUGACUAG